UAGAAUGAUACCAAUGAUUACUGAAGAAGAUAUGGCUAGACAUAGAGCAAAAAAGGCAGCUGAAGAACAAGCAAGAAGAUACAUGCAAGAUGAUGAUUCCCGAUAUAGAAGUAAAUUGAUACCAAUGAUCACUGAGGAGGAUAUGGCCAAAUAUAGAGCAAGACAAGCAGCAUUAAAACAAACAAAUCAUUCUUCUACCAAACAAUCUGAACCUGAAGAUAUCGCUAAUCAUAAUGCAAAAAAAGCUCAAGAGCAAGCAUCCAAAUUAAAAGAAUUAAAAGUUGAAAAUAAGGGUGAAGAUACUGAAAUGAAAGAAGAUACUGAAAUGAAAAAAUAUACUGAAACGAAGGAAGAUUCUGAAAUGAAGGAAGAUACCAAAUGA